AGCAUAUUUAUAACAUACAUGCACAGCAAACUUUUGUAAUAUCGGUAGGUUUAAAUAUAAUGAUUCAAUUUGAGUAUUUGUGCAUUGUAUAAACAGACAACCCUGAUUAUAUGAUACCGUGUUGGGUAAUAAUAUCUUACAAUUGAAUAAAAAGAAAUAUUUAAAGAGUACACAUGAAUGAACAUACUAUGUCACUAAUUGUUUAGAAAAUUACAAGUUAAAAAUGGUGGAAAAAAAUAAUGGACACCUAUUAGUUAUCAGCUGAGUAUUUUAUUCACUAUUUACAAAUUGUCCGAAGAUUAACAACUUUUGACACUUGUUGACAUGUUCAUUGUUUGAAUGUGUGAAAAGGAGUAUAUUUUGGAAGAUUAAUUGGAAGUUAACACAGACGUAUUAUAUUCUUACUUUUCUGUCAUAAGACUUAAGUCAUGCGAGGAAUUGUCUUUCGUUGCAGGUGAGUAAAAAAAACAUGGAACGUGUACAUGUUUGGAGAUAAAAAGUGAUAUCUUCGAGUAUGGAUUUAAAUUAGACAAGGAAAAUAUUGUUAUUAAAUUAUGUAUUCGUACAACAUGGCUGGAAAACAUUGACAUAGAAAAUUUCAGGAAUUAAUGUUCAUCAAAUCGUGAUUUCAGACAUAAAAUUUUGAAAUGUAAUAGGAUAAGAAGCAACACAACGUUUUACGUAACACAAUAUACGUUUAAAAGAUAACUUUCACGAUUGAAAUUUGUAUGGAAGAUGAUGAUAAUGCAAUCCAGUUGUCAUUUAACUACUCCAACAGUUACGACAUAACAACUUCCCAAUUCAACUUGUCAACCAACUCAUCUGACUUUUCCAAUGCCGAAGCAGAAGCUAUAAAAGAGGCAGCAAAAUGGUUAUGGAUAAUUGUUUCUCCGAUCCUACUUGUGUUCGGGUUGAUUGGAAAUACAGGAAUAUUGUUAGUCCUGUGGAGAAUAAAAGUUUGCAAGAAUUUGACAUAUAUAUUUCUAUUCAUUUUAGCCACAGUAAACACAGUUGUUCUCGUCGUUGGUCUGACAAGGUAUUGGAUAUUGGCAACUUUCGACCUUGAUAUUCGGGAUAUAAGCACGCCCGGAUGUGUGUCACAAUUAUUUCUCAUUUAUUUUUCUAUGCAUAUGUCUUCGUGGACUCUUGUGUGCAUAACAACAAUACGAUUUCUCAAAAUUAAAUUCUCACUCCGUUGCCGAGCAAAAUCUUUUUCCAGAACGUUGGCUGCUUUGUAUAUUGUUACUCUUGUGAUUUGUGUAGCGUUGGAUUUACACUUUUUCUUUACAAAUGGUCUUAUUCUAGAAGAUGACGAAUAUGUAUGCAGCAACACGUCUGACGAAUAUUAUGAAUUUGAGGAAAAAGUUUAUGUUUUGAUUGACUUAGCCAUGCUUUCGGUCAUACCAUUUCUCAUUAUGUUUGUUAUGAACUUAUUUAUUGGGAAAAGAGUUCUUAAAUCUAUUGCUUUUCGUAGGACAUCAAUUUCCAACACACAAAGUAGACGUCGCGUGAACCGUCAAAGUAAACGAAUAACGCAAACGUUAUUUUUCAGUAGCCUAUAUUUUAUAAUAACAACAUUACCAGUCUCAGUUUUAUUCGUUAUAGACUCAUAUUUACCUGAUAAUAAACCGGUACAAAUGCAGGCAAAUCUAGAUCUCGUGAAAGCAGUUUUAUAUCUAUUCCAGUUUUCAUUUUAUGCUAUAGGCUUUUACAUAUAUAUUGAGAUUAGGACAAGCAUCCGAGGACUUUUGCCAUGCUGCAAUGAGAAAGAUAGAUCAAACAGUCAGACCUCUUUUUCACGAAGAGCAACUUUUUCAACAACUAGUCAAUAUUUCAGUAACGAUGAAUCAACAGAUGUCAGAAUUAAUGGGAUUGAGCUUGACAUUAAUUAAAAUACAAUUACUAGUCUACCUAAUGGACAUAUUUCUGCGCUUUCCGCUACGUGCCAAACACUUCCAGAUAUCCUAAAUCAACAAUCCGAAUUUUCUACAACGACCCAGUCCAUCGUUUAGUUAGAGCAUUCGCUUUAUAAAAUUUCCGAAUUCAUUUCAUCUUACUAGUCAAUGGACAUCAUAAUCCUCGAAGAGAAAGUAGCAUGCAAGCAAUUGGAAUAUCAUUUGAAGUUUGACUCUUGUAUUUGCCUACCUACUCGGGAAUAGGUAAAACAGAAUCAUCAGACGAAACGUGAAAUGCAAAAAAUAUGUGUGGUCAGUCAGAUCAGAAACAUGUGUUCCGUGGAAAAAGAAAGAUUAGAGACGUGUAACAUUAAACAGUGUUUCUAUCUACUUUGUCAAACUAAGUGGGUUUUUUUCUUAAUAUAUUUUUAUACAUUGUUUGCAAGUAUUUUGUUCUCUAACUAGACUGGAAAUAUAAGUUGACUGUUUGAAUUCACAAAAUUUUAACUAUAUGUGUUGUUUCAAUAUAUGACAGGGUCAUAGCUGAUACAGUCGUUGUGUUUGUUUUCCUGAAUCCCUAGCUCCAAGACAUUGAAUUUGAAAAAACUUGAAAAGAAUGAGAAAUGCCAAUUAUGGGCUAAAUUUCCGCCCCUUUAAUUGUUGUAGAAAAGGAGGUACCUCUGAAUACUAACUGUGUGUUAACUGUUCAUAGAUUAAUUGCCCAUUAAGCUCAUUAAGCAGUGAUGAAGCGUUUAUGUUCAUGAUUUGGGCCACAUACAUGUAUCAAUAAUUGGUUUCUGUAUCAUUUAAGCACUGAGGUAACCCCUGAAUGUUCAUUUUUGGUUAUAUUUACGAUGAUGCAUUUCUUUGUCAUUAUCGUUUUUUAUAUGGUAUUUCUUUUAAUCUACUUCUUUUAAGUCAUCUGUUUGAAAUAUCGCCGCUAGAUUAAAACUGACGUGGAAAGGUAACACAUGCCCACCGAAAGCUUUACUUUUGUGACGCCCAGGUGGUCGUGUGGUCUAGCGGGACGGCUGCAGUGUAGGCGAUUUGGUGUCACGAUAUCACAGUAGCAUGGGUUCGAAUCCCGGCGAGGGAAGGACC